GCAAUGAACUUAAUUGCCUAUCAUCUUUAAAGUUGAGAGCGCAUGAAUUAAAAAAUUUUCAGAUUUAAUUGAUGUGUUGCAAGCAACAUACCUCUUUUCUCCUGGAAACAGUUGUGCCAAUUAUCAUGUCGAUUAUGAUCUAACCUUGGAAAACUCGUAUCAAUACUUGAACUUGAUGAAAAUCGUUUCGACUAACAAUAAAACAACAAGCUGAAGAGCGUCACGUAUUAAUUGAGAGAGCGAACUCCUCACUCGCACAGCCAUGAUCUUCAAAAUCAGCCUCCUCUUGUCCUUUAUCAUUCUCCAGGCUUCGGCGAAUGAGAGGGUGAAUAUUGGGGGAAAGGAAUACUUUAUAUCCACUGAUGAGCUAACUUGGACAAAAGCUGCGGACGCGUGCCAUGCGAUGCAGAUGAAAAUGUACGCGAUCGAGUCUGACGAAGAGAACACGGUGGUAUUCGAUUACCUGAACACAAACGGUUACGACAGCAUUUAUCUUUGGACGGGAGGAAAGGAACUCAACGACACUGCAACCACCGACGGCAUCUGGACGUGGGUCGACCUAGACCUUACGUUUGGCUUCACCGACUGGGCAAGCACGCGGCCUAACCCAUUUGCUAGGCACUUCUGUGUUUAUCUUUCUACGUGGUCCAGUUACUGGCUUGAUGGCGACUGCGGUGCUACGAACAAAUAUAUUUGUGAGACGUACUGAACAGUUCUCUGUCAUUCUAUCAGAGAAUUUUGAUGAUAAGUUUGUGACUUAUAAGUUUGAUUUUGGUUUUUUUCUGUGUAAAAUAAUUUGAUAUUUUUAUUUAUAAAAUUUUAU